GAGCUGAGUCGCGCUGGGAAUCGGAGUGUGUGUUGUCCUAGCGACGUUGACUCACGUGACCUAUAAACACCUGUCGCAUACAGUUCGGCACUACAAAAAUAGCAACAAACCAACAAUUUCAACUUCUGUGAUAAGAGAAACAAAAGCUUUCAUUUUAAGUUAAUGUAAAAGGAUUUCAUGAAUUGUGAGACUGGUUUAUGACAUGGAGUAAAAUCAAUGUUAACAUUUUUCAGCUUGAUGAAUCCAAGCAAAGAACCAACGCUUUAAAAAAUGACAACCCUUCCUCGACUUGCUCCAGCUGAAACUUCAAUCAAAAGCAUUAUCCACCCAGGGAUCUGCGAUGGAGAACCCAAACGUAAAUCCUUUUCUUCUAUCGGCUACCGUGAACUAUCAAACUCAUGGGGAGGAUCUGCUACCCAUCACAUUGAUGGCAAACCAUCUUCACAUACCGCUCAGGGAUUAGGAAGAUCGUACCCCCGCCUUGAUCCCCUUCACCCGCCUAAGUUCAGUAGGACUGUCAGCUUAGAAACCACGAACCCACACUUUCAGAAUGAAUUGAGAUCACUGAAUAUGAAAAGAGAACAAUAUCAUAAGUAUCAUAGAUCAUGGAUGAAGCCAAUAUAUGGCAGCAAGCUGGAACAAGAGGACCACAGGAAACACAUCCGGAGCUCACUGAAAGACCAGAUGAGUGAGAAGGAUUCUCAUCACAAAACUUUUAUGAAGGAUCGCUUCGUGGAGAGUCAGACAGCUGUAGCCUACGACAGGAAAUGUCUGGAUACUGACAAAGAAGCGCUCAAGAAGAAAUCCCUUUAUCUGCACCAGUUCAGAGAUGAGAACAAAAAGCUAAUGGAGAAGAAAUGGGAGGACACGAGGCAAACCAGAGAUCAUUCUAAUGUAGUAGAGCAGGAGCUCCUCAAGUAUAACCCUAUCAACUGGAGUCAAUCGUUGCGAUGAAUGACAUAUUUUUCUAUUUGUUUGUUGUUUAUUGUUAAAGGUCAUGUUUGUGUACUUUAUGUAAAUUUAUGUUUGCAAUUGUUUAUGAUGCUGAUUUGUUGCAAUAUUACAUAAGAGUAUGUGAAGGUCAUGUAUCAUUAAGUUAUUUUCAUGUUGAAUUGACAUUUACUCUUGUAUAUAUUUUGAUAUUUUGUUUGUGUUUUUCAAUCAUUUAACUGUAUGGAACUGAAGAAGAUGGAAUAAAAAUGGAAUAAGGAAGCAAAUUUUGAAGAACCAAAAUUAUGUUGGCUUUUCAUUUGUGUAACUACAUGUAGAAUUUCAGUCACUAAAAUGCUGCUUGGGCAACAAGACCAUCUAUGCGUACACUUCAAGACAGUGAUAGUAUAGUCUGCAUAUAAGGCAAAUUCUCCUUAGUUGAAGUACAUGUGUAUUUAUAGAACAGUUAAUGCAAAGCAUGUGAUAUUUACCCAUUCUAAAUCAAAUUUUGCCCAAGUCAAACCUACUUCUCUUGUCCAAAGAGAUUAGACUUACUCAGACUCACAUUUAUUACUAUUGUAUUGAAUUGAACUAUUUCAAACAUUUUAAUAAUUUACUUCUAUACUAUAGAUAUGUGGAAAGUUGGCAUAAUAAGUGACACAAGAAUCGGAAGUAUUUUCCAAGAUAUUUAGAGUUGUACUUCCACAGUGAGUGGGUGUUACUGUACAUGUACAUCAUUUGAAAUUUAUUUUAAAUUAUAUGAUAAAUUUGACUAUAUGUGAGUGUACCCCUUGAAUAAGUUUAUGCAGGUAAAAUUUAUCAUCACUGCCCAGUUAGCCUGUCGUAUACAUACAUGAAUAUUUCAGAAUUUCUUUUAGUAAUUUUUGUCUCACCUGCAUAGCAGAGUGAGACUAUAGGCGCCGCUUUUCCGACGGCGACGGCGGCGUCAACACCAAAUCUUAACCUUAGGUUAAGUUUUUGAAAUGACAGCAUAACUUAGAAAGUAUAUGGACCUAGUUCAUGAAACUUGGCCAUAAGGUUAAUCAAGUAUUACUGAACAUCCUGCCUGAGUUUCAUGUCACAUGACCAAGGUCAAAGGUCAUUUAGGGUCAAUGAACUUAGACCAUGUUGGGGGAAUCAACAUCAAAAUCUUAACCUAAGGUUAAGUUUUUGAAAUGUCAUCAUAACUUAGAAAAUAUAUGGACCUAGUUCAUGAAACUUAUACAUAAGGUUAAUCAAGUAUCACUGAAAAUCCUGCAUGAGUUUCAGGUCACAUGACCGUCACAUGACCAAGGUCAAAGGUCAUUUAGGGUCAAUGAACUUUGGCCGAAUUGGGGGUAUCUGUUGAAUUACCAUCAUAACUUUGAAAGUUUAUGGAUCUGAUUCAUGAAACUUGGACAUAAUAGUAAUCAAGUAUUACUGAACAUCCUGUGCAAGUUUCAGGUCACAUGAUCAAGGUCAAAGGUCAUUUAGGGUCAAUGAACUUUGGCCAAAUUGGGGUAUUUGUUGAAUUACAGCCAUAAAUUUGAAAGUGUGUUGGUCUAGUACAUAAAACUUGGACAUAAUAGUAAUCAAGUAUCACUGAACAUCCUGUGCGAGUUUCAGGUCACAUGAUCAAGGUCAAAGGUCAUGUAAGGUCAAAGAACUUUGGCCACGUUGGGGGUAUUUGUUGAAUUGCCAUCAUAUCUCUAUGAGUGUAUUGGUCUAGUUCAUAAAACGUGGAAAUAAGAGUAACCAAGUAUCACUGAACAUCUUGUGCGAGUUAUAGUAGUUUUCAAAAUCAGCACUGCUGCUAUAUUGAAUCGCGUGAUGCAGGUGAGACGGCCAGAGGCAUUCCACUUGUUUUAAAUAGCACAUUAUUGGAUUGAUACGUUGACCCUCAACAUUUUAUAGUUGAUUUUUUUUUGCUUUUACUCUUGUUUUAUCCAAUGGGUCUUUCUUUAAAGUAACCAUAUUAGGGUUUGCAUUUUAAAGGAAUCCAAGAAUUUUAUAAACUUGUUACUCAGAUUUAAGGAUGUGGGAAUAUGGUGAUUGUACUGUAAUUUGUUACCUAUGUAAUUACUGUAAUAUGGGCAAUUUCGUAAACUAAUCAAUCUUUUUGUACAUCCGACCCCAUUUUUCUCAAGUUUUACUUCUUUUUGGGUAAUGACCAAUUCAUGAUCUUAUGAGAGCAUUACAGACUGUCAAAAGAACCAGAAAUCAGAGACAGAAAAUUUCAUGAAGGUCCCACACAUGGGGUCAGACGUACAUAUUUUAUGGAAUUGCCCAUAUACCAACCUGAGGAAGUAUUUUGAAAAAAUAUAUCUUCAUUCUUCACCAUUUCCAUGUUCAUGAUAUUUGAAGGCAUCCCAAUGAUUGGUGUAUGCGGACUGCCCCCCCCCCCCCCAAAAAAAAAAAAGGAGAAGAAAAGCAAACAUAAAACAACAAAUACAAUUUGAAAUUCCAAAUUACUUUUUUAAUGAACUCAAUUUACAGAGCUAUUGGCAUUUGUAGAUCAUCCUCAUCAAUUUUUUUUCUGGCUGCAUCCAGACCAACAUGGAAGUCAGGGUUAAAUUAGUUUCUGAAAUUAUAUUGUAAUUAUCAAAAUAAGAUAAUGAAAUUGUCAGUUAUAUCGUGUUACAUUUUAUCAGCUCUUGUUCAAUGUUGAAUGUAUCCCUGUAGGUAAAAUACAUCUUUAAGAUCAUACUCAUAUUUUCAGCAUUUGUGCCAAGUUUAGUAUUAAUUGAAAAUAAAUUGUUCUCCACAUGUAUAUAUAUUGUAUAAACUAUAUUCUCUAUUAAACUCUACAUGGAGAAUAACAAAAUUUACAGGAAAAAUAGCUAUAGGCUACAACCUAGAUAGCAGAGGUUUCAUUAGAAAACUUUUUUUUCAACCAACUCUAAAUUUAAUGUUUCAUAAUGUAUUUAAGGUAGAGCUCAAUCAUCUUGGUUUGAUAAAAAAAGAGGAAAUGAUAUUGACAGGCAGUGAUUUUAUGGAGUAUUGAGUAAUUAGGUUAUAGGGGAAUAUGAAGUAUAAUGUAAAGUUAAGGUAACUUUAUCUUGUUAAUCAUGUAGAGCUGUUGGUGAGUUGAAUUUCAUAUUUAAUGAGCAAGGUGAUGUGCUGCAUUUUCCAUAGCCUUUCAGUUUUAAUAUUUAAAUAGAUCAAAGAGGCAAUAUGUAUCAACAU